UCUCUCUACUUUCUCUCUCCUCCGCUAUAAAGAGGCGCCCGUGCUCGCUUCAUACGACCCUUUUGACUCCCCCCCACCACCACCAUCUCGGGUCCUCUUCUCCUCUCUCUUCCCGAAUCGUUCGUAGAGAGAGAGAGAGAGAGAGAGAGAGAGGGGGAGGGAAGGAGGGAGAGGCGGUGGUGGAAUUGGAGCCGCGCUGCUGCUGAUUUCACUUCGUGGGGAAGAUAUGCUCUGAAUUGGUGUUUAUGCUAUUCAACAGCUGAGGAUCGAUGCCGGCGCUACAAAUGAAGCCCAAAGCCCUCAUGAGUUGUGAGAGAGAUGGAUACCUGCAUAGGUUAUGUCAGGACUCAAGUAAAAUUUCUAAAAAGAAGAGCUCUUUGUUGUGUAAAUCCCAUGAAGUGAUAGAUGCGGAGACGGUUGAAUGUCAAAAUGGAGUGAUAUCAGAAGAAACCAUAAUUGACGAAGCCAUUCAUUCUGAAAAAGACAGCCAGCAGAACAUCAUUGUGGCCCAAGAACGAUUGUUAUUCUCUGCAGAUCUUAGCUCUGCAAUAGAUGACUCUUCACAGGCUCCAUUUCCUUCACCCUUGGAAAGUGUCUCCUCUAUCCCUGUAGAGUCCAAGGUCACCAACUGCGACUCAAGUGCUUCUGAUGAUAUAGCCAUAGGGAGGGAAGAUUAUCCUGCGAAGAAGCCACUGGAAAUCAACUCUGAUAAUACUAGGAGCACUAAUUGUUCCAGUCAUCUGUCUUCACAUGAUUUGGAUCUACACUUCUUGGAUGACGAUGAUGGUAACACUAGGAGAGAUGGUGAUGGGGCAACGGCAUUAGAUGAUAUUAUGAAGAGUAACCUUGUUCAGCAGCUCGGAUGGACUGAAUCCAAUAUGCUUGUUGAUAUGACUGGGAAUUGUGUCAUGUUGCCCUUUCCAUUUCCGGAAGAAACAAUAAAUAUGUCUAUUUUCCAAGCACAGACAUUAAGUGACGAGCUCUUGAAUUCAGAGAGUGCGAUAUUUAAUAUGGUGACCCAUCAUUCAAGAAUUUGUGAUCAGGCUCUUGCUAACUCCAGACCUGCUGAUUCAGUUGAAAUGGACUCCUUUGAUCCCAUGUUGUUUAUUAGAAAUUUUCUUGACCUAUCUGAUCUGGAAGCUAACUCCCUGCCAGCACUACUGCCCAAAGAAACAUUAAGAGGGAAGCACAUCACCUUAGUUCUUGAUCUGGAUGAAACUCUCGUCCACUCUUCUUUGGAACCGUGUGAUGCAGACUUCACAAUACAAGUUUCCUUGAACAUGGAACAGCAUACUUUUUAUGUUCGUCAGAGGCCUUAUCUCCAGACAUUCUUGGAAAAGGUGUCGGAUAUGUUUGAGAUUGUACUGUUUACAGCCAGCCAGAAAUUUUAUGCUGAACAGCUUCUGGAUCACCUGGACCCUGAUAAGAAGUUCUUCUCUCGUCGGGAAUAUCGCGAAACAUGUGUACUAUCGGAUGGUAUUUUCACUAAAGAUCUGACAGUCUUGGGAGUUGAUCUGGCAAAAGUUGCUAUAGUUGACAACUCUCCCCAGGUAUUCCGGUGGCAUGUGAAUAAUGGGAUCCCAAUCAUGAGUUGGUUCGACGAUCCAUCGGACCGUGAGCUGAUUUCGCUACUUCCCUUCUUGGAGAGUCUGGUUGAGGCAGACGAUGUUCGUCCUAUCAUUGCAAAGAGAUUUGGUGGUCAAGAGUGAGUUUGUCGCAUACGAGAAUCCGGCUAGUCGAAGCAGUAGGUCUGGGGCUCUUAACGAAGGGGGCUUGAAGAAUCUUGAGUAUUGACUUAUGCUUAGCUUUGGCUUUUCAGUAAUAAUUGGCGAUUAGACUUGUGAGCAGAUUUUUAUCUAUAUUUCUUCUUUUUUGGGGUGGCCCGCCGGGCUGGUUAACUAUAGCCGUAGUUAUAAUUUGAUUGGAAGUAGAAGCCUUGUGUAAAUUGUAGUUGCUGCUUGUGAGGUUGUCCAAGGUGUAUAUAAUUUUUGACUGGCAGUACAGGUCUCCCCAAUUGUGUAUAUCCAUCCAAGUUAUAGGAUUUUAUUGUUCUUGAUUUGCUUCAGUAAUAAAUAUCGAUCGUGAAUUGUGUUCA